AUGGACGAAACAGAAAACAAAGAAGCCAUCCACGCAGCCUGUCGUGAAGGACGCUUGGCCGCGGUCGAGUCACUCCUGUCUGCAAACCCGAAGCUGGCGCACCGCCGCGACUCGGACGACCGUCUACCGAUUCACUGGGCGUGCUCGUAUAACCACCUCCCAAUCGUGCAGGUGCUGACGCAGGUCAAAGACUUUGACAUUGACGCUGUUGACGGCAGCGGCUGGUCGUGUCUCAUGAUUGCCUGCAGCGUCAAGGAUGGCGACGACCUUGUCGAGUACCUGCUGAAGCGGGGGGCAGACGCGGGGCUAAAGAACAACAACGGCCAAACCCCCCUCCACUUCUGCGCCUCCAAGACCCGCCUCUCCGCCGCCCGCCUCCUCCUCUCCCCACCCUACAAAGCCUCCCCACGCAUCCCCGACACGCACUCACAACUACCCCUCCACCGCGCCGCCGCCGUCGGCUCCCUCCCCAUGGUCAAGCUUCUCCUCGACCACAACUCCCCCGUCAACAGCAGCGACCGCAGCGGCCUCACGCCGCUCCACCACGCCAUCGCCGAGGGCCACGGCGACGUCGCCAUCGAGCUCCUACGCAGGGGUGCCGACAGCUCGCGGCGCGACAGCGACGGCGUGCUCGCCAUCGCGCUGGCGCCCGAUCGAAAGGUCAGGACGUGGAUCCUGGCUGAGGCGGAGAAGGAAGGGGUUGAGGUGGUCACGGAGUAG